CGCGGUUUUCGACAUCGAUAGCCACUCAUCCCGAAAUAGGCACUACAGCGAAGAGCCCGACUCAGUGGGUAGACAACACCCAUGGGCUGUUGAAAUGCAGAUCCGAGUUCGAAUCCAGAUGGCGGAACGUGAAAGGCAGUCCACGAUGAAGACCCCAAAUUUGAAUUUCAGGGUAAAGGUGUCAGGCCAAGGGAGGCCAAGAGAGGCCAGCCAGUUCAGAAAGGUCACAGUCGGGUACCUUGGGAGUCCCAAGUCCAACAGGCACCUGGUGAGCAGUGACAUCCCAGAGGCAAAGGUUGCGUUCUAUAAGCAAAAGUCACGUCUCAUAUCGAAAAGUCACCUCCCGCGGGCAAAGGACACUUCGCCAGGCAAAAGUCGUGUCCCAGAGGUUUUGACUAUGAUGAUGAUGAUGAUGAUGAUGAUGAUGAUAUGGAUGGAACACAUCGAUAAUGAUGACGAUGAUGAUGAUUACGACGAUGAUGAUGAUGAUGACGAUGGGGUGCCGAUCGUCAAGAUGGUGAUGAUGUGUGAUGUAGUGUCGAAGGAUGAUGGCAACGAAUCGAAGAUGAGAAUGAUGAGGGACGACGAUAAGGACGCUAAUUACGCGAACGAUGAUGAUUAUGGCGCGAACGACGAUGAUGAUGAGCACAAGGAUAAUGAUAAUUAAGAAAACAAAUCGCAACGACGAGU